GAAGAUCGUCAAGGCAAAAGGCCAGUAUAUGUAUGACGAGAAGGGAAGACAAUAUCUCGACUGCAUUAACAACGUUGCUCAUGGUAAGUUAAAAGUCAGGUAAUUUGGUACCCUGUCUUUCAGAGAAUAACAGGAAAUAAUCAGUACUUUUUAUGACUGCUGCGUUGUGUGGGGCGAGGGGAUGCCUAAUUGGAAAAAUGGAAGAAAUCUUUCUUGAGCUUUUACUUCGGGAAAUUAUUGCCCACAUUUGAAUUUCUGUGUACAGGAAUGUGACGCUUUCCAGACUUGCUUUCUGUUCUGUCUUCAUAGGAAUGUAGUCAUCUAACAUUCACAGGACUUCUUGCAUGAAAGCUCAAAUCAAGCAUCUAAUUGUAAAACUAACAAAUGACUUGACAGUUAGUUCAAUUUGUAAACGUUACUGCUGGGGGUGCUGUCACAGGACCACUGCUCAGAGUGGUGCCUGAGUUGUGUUUUAUUAAAUAGCUGUUUCUUUCUGUCAGUAUUUGAAACUGCUAGUCUGUAGAUUAGUGCUGUCAAUAAUAUCCUACUAGGGCUAAGCACGUUAACUCUUUGAAAGUAAAGCUUACCUGCACAGAACACCGAAUUAUUCAAAAUUAUUAGCUAUUAUGAACAAAUUAUUCAAGCGUCUCAAUCCAAAAUAUCAAAUUAGACACUAUUCAUUUUAGCAGAUCAGUUUCCAGUACUCAAAUGCAAACCACUGAACAUAAGAAUAAGAGCCAAUUUAAAACUUUCUGAACACAGGAAAAAGUUUUUAAUAAAAAUCUUUCAAGGCAUAUUGUCUUCUGCUGACGAUAUCAUUUAAUGCCCCACUGACAAAAUACAAUCAGUGACAACAGCUCUGUACUAUUAGAAAUAUAGGUGCAAAGUCAGUAUGUAUUUGUUUGUCGAUAAACACCAUACACAUGAAAGAACUCUCACACCCAUCUCUCUACGCUCUCUUGUAGUUGGACAUUGUCACCCUGAUGUAGUAAAAGCAGCCCAUGAGCAAAAUCAAUUGUUAAAUACAAAUUCUCGUUAUCUUCACGACAACUUGGUCGAUUACGCAGAGAGACUUUCAAAAACACUACCUGAGAAGUUGUGCACCUUCUAUUUUUUGAAUUCUGGAUCCGAAGCUAAUGAUCUUGCCUUAAGAAUGGCGCGACAGUAUACAAAACAUGAGGAUAUAAUAGUUUUAGACCAUGCUUACCAUGGACAUCUGACAUCCUUGAUUGACAUAAGCCCAUAUAAAUUCAGAAAUCUAGAAGGACAAAAGGAAUGGGUCCACGUGGCUCCUGUUCCAGACACAUACAGGGGAAUAUACAGAGAAGACCAUGAAGACUCAGUAACAGCCUAUGCUAAUGAAGUGAGAAGUAUUAUUGAGCAAGCACACAAGAGAGGCAGAGAGAUUGCUGCCUUCUUCGUUGAAUCUCUGCCAAGUGUUGGUGGUCAGAUCAUUCCACCAGCUGGCUAUUUUCAGAAGGUCGCAGAGCAUGUGCACAAGGCAGGAGGUAUAUUUAUUGCUGAUGAAAUUCAAGUUGGCUUUGGCAGGGCUGGCAAGCACUUCUGGGCAUUCCAGCUUCAGGGAGAAGAUUUUAUACCAGAUAUUGUCACUAUGGGGAAGCCAAUAGGAAAUGGGCACCCCAUUGCCUGUGUAGCAACAACAAAAGAAGUUGCAGAAGCUUUUGCAGCCACAGGAGUGGAGUAUUUUAAUACAUUUGGAGGAAACCCAGUUUCAUGUGCCAUUGGACUAGCUGUGUUAGAUGUGAUUGAGAAAGAACAUCUUCAAGCUCAUGCCACAGAAGUAGGCAACUUCUUGAUGAACUUGCUCAAUCAACAGAAAAUCAAGCAUCCCCUCAUUGGUGAUAUCAGGGGUACUGGCUUAUUCAUUGGUGUGGACUUAAUUAAGGAUCAAGCAGAAAGGACCCCAGCCACAGCAGAAGCAGAGUAUCUAAUAGCAAGGCUUAAGGAAGAAUAUAUUCUACUGAGUACAGAUGGGCCAGGGAGAAAUGUGCUUAAAUUCAAGCCCCCAAUGUGCUUCAAUAUGGAGGAUGCAAAAUUUGUUGUGGACACAAUUGACAAAAUACUAACAGGUAAUGCAGAUCAAAAGGCACAGACUGCUUUACAGUGGUUGCUGAUGAGCUGCCUUAAAACCAGUGCUGAGCAGCUAAGCCUGCUUUUCAGAAUUCCUAAAAUACAGCUGGAGAUGGUAAAUGCUGAGCACAUACGGAAGUUAGUCUUUAAUUCUGCUUUAAAGUUCCCUAACAAAAAUAGAAGUAAGACUAAAAUUUUUAGUCUACUUACUCCACAGUUGUAUAAGACUUAAAAUAGCUUUGCUCUGGCACAGCCUAAGGUGUUUACCUACCUGAGCAAGGGACCUGGUAAGAAAGAACUGUCCAAAUUUCACUUUAAAAGUCAUAAUCCUGAUGCGUUUGCCGCUAAGCUUUUUAUACAACUUGUGUACAGUAUUAACCAAGUUAGUCCAAAAACUUGUCUCUGUAUUAUGCAUUUGCCAAGUUGUUGCAUAAAUCUCUCUCCAGAUAUGGAAAAGGAAUGCCUGAGCCAACAGGAAACAUCCACUUGUUUUACCUGAGCAGGUAUUUGUCUAUCUAUCUUCAUUGUUGACAAGUAUUUUAAAAAGCCAGGGUUCCUCAAUUUUGCUUGUUCAGACACUGUCACUGGCAGCAGAGCAGGACCAAGUUUUCUCAGAGAUGCUCUUUUACAUGGAAUUAGUUGGCUGGGAUUUCUGGCAAUCUAAAGGCACAAACCAGGCUUCCAUACAUCUGGCAUUCACAGCUACUUUCAGUCAUGCAAUCUGACACUUCCCAUAACACUAUAUGUAUUCAUUUGUGGGCAAGGUAGGUCCAACAUGUCCCAGAAAUGUUUACUGGUAGCAUGCUUAUCUGCAAAGUUCUGAUAGCAACCCUUGACAUGCAUGCUACACUAUGUCCAUACAUGCAUAUCACGGCAAAAAUAAAGCUCCUACACUGGCUGGUCAGGGUAGUCAGUAACUUUAGACACAGACACAGUUGGCUUUACACAGUAUCCUGAUAUAACCAAAAGGUAAACUACCUCUGAGCAAGUCUUCCCUUAACUCCCGUUAAGAACACAUGCUACAGCGUUCUACAAUCUGCAUGCCGCAAUUUGUGAACGUCCUUUUAAGCUGAGACAGUUUUGUGAAGCACUUGUACUACUGCAGCUCAUGUCUUAAUAUUUCACUUCAAAAUUAUGUUGUCUUCUGUUCUCUUGAGCAUUUUCCUUUUAACUACAUCAGGAUCAUUUCAGGUUCAGGGCUGUUAUCACUAACCCUAUACUCAGGAGUUCAACUGGGCAUCAGUAAGGCUCAGCCCUUAAAAGUUUUCCAAACCUUGCAACUCCUCACAUCUGUUGAGGACCCUCUGUAGCUUGCUUACAGAGAACAUCUAGGUGCUACCCAUUUUGCCAUGCAUUCAGACCGUACACUUUUACAGUUAAGUUUUUGCUCAUAAUUCCUCACAAACACAACAACUCAAUGCAACAUACGUCAGUACACCUUGUGCAACUCCUUUAACCUACUCCAAUUAAAAGACAACUAGGUGUGUUUUUAACCAAGUGCCCAGUAAAACUCUGGCACCUGGAUAUGAACAUACCUCAUGCAAUCACUAAGAAUGCUAUAGCCUUAACCAUCGCACCGGAUUCACACCACUGUCCCUGAGCUAAGGGGGGAAACAUGUUUCUCUUUCAGUGCAAUAGUAGUAUCUCAUAGCAGGCACAAGAAAAAUAUGUUAAUAUUUUAUUUAGCAGGUUAAUGACAAGACACAGAGCUGUUUGUACUACUUUGUCUUAAGAAUAGAAGGAUUAGUCACAAGUGCCAGUUUAACUUACUGAGGACUAAUGACUUAACGUACUUUUUUCAGUCUAAACUAAGCAAGAAAAAUGCCUUGAUUUCAUGUAGAAAAUAAGAAUGCAAAAAGCCUCUCAGUGAAUAAAGUACUAUCAAAUGACACUUACAUAUUAUGUAAGCGAAAGUGAGGCAAUGAAGUAGAUUCCUUUUUAAUGAUGCUUUUACAAGAAAACAUAACAUUUUUUCUUUCCAUAGGUUUCAAGCAAUACUCAAGAUCUACCACUAAGAAACAUUUUUCUACUGUAAUAAUGCACAUUUAAUCAUCAGCCUAGCAUGUCUUAAACCAGAUAAGUUACCUUUGAUUUUGUUAUUUUCAGUUAUCUUGUUAUUAGUAAAAGCUUUAGGAGAAAUCAAUCUUAUAAUCGUUUGUUUUAACUGUGGCAGAAAUGUGGGAUUAGGUUUUAUUUAACAUCCGAUCUGAAACUGGUUAUGAAGGAAUAUUUCUAGUAGCUGUUAUGAACUACAUUUUCCAAAUUCAUAUUAUUUCAAGUUGCAACUGUUUGAACAUUAAGAUAAGCCAAAAGAUGCUCCUGUUUUUGUCAUCUGCUGCUGCCUAUGCAAACUACAUUCGAGCUGCCUGUGCACUCAGUCCUUCCCUGGCUCCUCUGACAAGUUUCAGAAGCCAGUUUCAUGCCAAUAAGGUCCUAGUAGCUCCACCUUCAGCAAGGGAUCUCAAACAGCAGAUUAAGUCAAAAACUUAGUCUCAGAUUCGUAACAUCGUAGAAGAACAGAGAGCUGAGGGCCAAAAGGCUCUCAGACCUGUUCUUAGAAAAGCCUCUGUCCUCAAGAAAUAUCCAUGUAGGAUUAGUGAAUUAGAGCACACUACAGCCAUGAGAAAAACUUACGUACAAGCCCAUCCUCACCAGGUAAUUAGAUGUUCUUGAUAUCAAACUUUCCACACAAAGAAAGGGAAAGCCAGCUCUGCAACAACAUGCUAGUAGCCUCUGUUUCUGCUUAAGGCCGUAUCAUCUGUAAAGGAAGCCUUAACCUGAGGACUUACUUCCAAAAAGAACCAAUAUAACAGCCAGCUAACAAGCUGCUGUCAACACACUAGCCAGAAAUCCUGCAGCAGUACAGUGAAACAGUAGACUUCCCUUUGGAGGGCAAACUGCCUGCUAGAAAAACAUUCUGCUACCUCUUAGCUCACAAGAGAACAAGUAACAGGAUGCAAUAGUUAAACAUUACAAUUUUAAAAGUAUUACUGUCUCAAGGCUGAAGACUUAAGUACGUACUGUACUCGCUUGUUUUAAUGGACUACAGUUUUGCAUUUUCUUUUUAAAGUUGGACAUCAGGUAACUCCAACUAUAAAGCUGUCAUGUCAACUCUCAGACUGAAACAGAUUUUAAAUCUUGUUUAUACCCAAGAGUAUAAGCUCCUGUCUAUAUAGACAAGUCUCAUGUAUUUCUAAAUUUAUAGCAAGUUUGUUUUUCUAAAGGACAGCCAGUAGGGAGCAGCAUGUUAUAAUUUAAUUCCUGCAGCAAUAGCUGCAUCCCUUGUAAAAAAAAGUUGAGAAAAGGUUAAUAACACCUGUUCUUAAGUUUAGUUCCACUUGAAAUUCCUGUAUGUUCAACUAGCAUUUAUUAUAAGAAAAACAUUGUUAUAUUUUAGCUUUAAGGGAAAUAGACUCAAACUGAUCACUGCAAAGAUCAGAAGUUUACUUUGUGCAGCAGCACUUGGAAGUAUUUAUGAAAGACUCCUAGGAGGGACUAUUCUGCAGCAAGACAGAAAAAUUACAUAAUAGUUAUUUCCUAAAAAUAGUGAAAAACCAGUCAGAAAAGGAGGCCGUAUUUCUAGCUGGUCACUUAUGUUCAGAGAGAGCUGCAUCUUUAGAAGCAGCUUUGUUGUUUUCCCUCCCAGAACUUGAGUGGAAGUUCUUCAGCCUUUUUUGGUAUACAAAAAGGCUGCAAAACUCAGGCUUUGCACUGGUGAUUUUAUUUGUCUAGCCUGUCUUUCAGGACAGGCGUACAACACUUAAGAACUUGUGUAAAUCCCUCGGACUUUAAACAGUAAAACAAGAAGGAAGUGCAGCUAGCUCUUUACACAUCUCUUAGCUUCCUCCUGCAAGACUGUCUCGACUCCCAAGCCCUACCUGAAACCUCUGCCUCUGGUUCCACCUACAUGAACCAUACAAUGCAGACACUAAUACAGUUAUGCUGAGCCACUGCACUUGUCUAGAACAUGAGCCAACAUCACUCCAGUACAACAUCCAUAACAGCUGGGGAUUUCCACCCAAGUUCUCUUCUGUAGCCUCCAGGCAGCAGCGACUGCAGUUUCUAGCUGCCCCUUAUCUGCAAGGCAGCACAACUAUCAACACAGCCCUCUAGUUUAAGAGCAUUUAAGCU